AUGACUCCCCAUGCAGCCAUGCCACCCAAUCCGUGGCUCCUAGAUCUCACUGGCUCUCUGCUCGCCUGUGGCCAAGUUGGUCCUCGAACUGAUGCGGCCAGGAAUGCCAAAAUAUUGAACCGAACCGGCUGGAGAUUGCCGGGAGGUGGCAUGAAGAGUCCUCUUAUUACUGGCCUACACAGGGGCAUGUUUGUGGUACCGUAUGCGUCCAGGCAUCAUCUGAACAGUUCUACCCCACCCGCUGUAUCCUCUAUCGAAAGACAGUUUACAACAGGCGUAUCUGGAACUAUGGCAGCCUUUCCGGCAGCGGCUCCUCUUAUUGUCUCAGCAUCUCCCACUUUGGUCCGCUGGGUGACGGUCGCCGUUGCGGGGAUACCCACGGCCUUGCUAGCUGCGGACGCCAUACCAAAAAUCAGAGAACAUAUUCAGGGAACCUCCCAACCCGACAACCGCGUCGAACCCGCUCCCCUCGAGCCGCCCGCUCGGAAGUCGGAGUCGGAGUCGGGUCCAUGUCCGGCGCCAACAUUCGAGGCAGAGGCUCACUCCAACCAAGUAACCAGCAAUACGGCUAGUAUUGCGACUACCAGUGAGGCUAGGGCUGCCUCUACCAAUGAGGCCAGGGCUGCGACCAGCCCUGAUGCUGUCAUGCCCGAUGCUUUUGAACUACGUCCCUCGCGUGCAGCACGCUCAGUUAGCGUGACAUAUGAGGAGGGAGGUUCUUGGCGGAUCGAGCUGCCGUUUCCUUGGAGCAUUGGCGUAGCGGCAGGGUACUUGUUGUAUACGGCAUUUGCCUCCUCCAAUCCUAGAUCACCCGCUGCGGGCGAUUCCACGAUAAGUUCCGCGCCGAGGAGCCGCUCUUCCCCGCCCGCGCCUUCUAAGACCACGGUGAAUGCAAGGGGGGCCACGGUCACCCCACCCACACCACCUUCUGAAGACGGCUCGGACUCGGAUGAAUACCCAGAAGCCGGACGUAAGGAACUCAAGAAGCUCCUCGAGGCCGAGGGAAAAGAAAUCUACGAGAAAUUGAAGGCGACGGCAAACACGGACCACAGUCCAGGGGCUUCGCGGAAGGUGUGGAAAAACAAGGAUUUUCGCAUCGACAACGGGCAUCGCGACGACAAGAGGGGUGUUCGUCAUUGGGAGUUUCAGGUGAAUGGGGAUGCCCAGUCGACCACUGCCAAAAGAAUUCGGGGUGGAAGCCGGAGAGGGACUCACCAGAAGCUUUUCAAGGACACUUUUGAGUUGAAAAAUCCCCCAGGGUUCGAAGAGUGGAAGACAAGGGUCAUGGCACUACUCGAUUAG